AUGUCUCUUUCAAAAGAACAUUUGGUUUCUCUGAUUCCUGUAACGGUUGCUGAAACCUUUGGGGUGAUGGUUUCACGUCUAACCACAGAACGGCCUACCACUAUAUUCCUCUACGCCUUAAUUAUCAACCUAUGUCUAAUGUUGAUAUGGGAUAUCUUCAUAUGGCCGUUCUUCUUCAACCCAUUGAGACAUCUUCCAACAGGUCCCCUAGUCGGAGCCUCUGUCUUUUUGCGUCACCCACGCGGUGUGGUUACUCAGCCAUGGCUUCGCAACAUCCCCAACGAAGGAAUAAUCCAUUUUCGCGAAGCCUUAAACUAUAGCUUUCUACUUGUCACAAACCAACAAGCUCUUAUGGAUGUUCUACACACACACAGUUACGAUUUUGUGAAGCCAUUGGGUGCACGUCAAUUUCUAGCUCGGGGCCUGGGCUAUGGUCUCAUUUUAUCUGAAGGUGAUGCUCAUCGUACACAACGCAAGGCUCUCACUCCCGCAUUUACCAUUAAGAAUAUUCGGGCAAUGCACCCUCUCAUGUGGGAAAAGACGCUGGUGUUUCUCCAAAAGCUGGAUGGUGAAAUCAGACGUUAUCCCGCUCCGAGGGAAAAUGGUGGCGAAGCCGGUUAUGUCGAGAUGAUAGACUGGGCAAGUCGUCUGACCUUGGAUAUUAUUGGGCCCGCUGCCAUUGGACGAGACUUCCAGUCUAUGGAGAAUGAGGAUGAACCUGUCUCAAAAAACUUUUCAGCCAUUUUAAAACCUUCGGCUGACUUGCUAAUUCUUUUUGGAGCAUCCCUGCUCUUCCCACAGUGGCUGGUGAGGCUGAUCCCUUGCAAGUCUAAUCUUGUUCUCCCUGGCAAGGUGGCUCAUCUGCGACGUCUGUUUCAUACAAUCCUGGAGGAAAAGAGGGCUUCUCUGUUAAUGAACAAGUCCACCGCGGACGUUGAAGGAGAUAUUUUAGGCACCAUGAUGCGGGGCGGGGAAUUCAGUGACAGUGAGCUGGUUGACCAGAUGCUCACUUUUCUGGCUGCUGGGCACGAAACGACUGCCGGCGCUCUCACUUGGUGUUGUUACCAUCUCAGUUUGCGCCCAGAUAUCCAAGAAAAUCUGCGAAAUGAGAUAUGGGACACUAUUGCUGGAAGGGAAGCUCCGGUAUCGUGGCAGGAUUUGGAGUGCAUGCCCUACCUCAACGGCGUUUGUCAGGAAGUGCUUCGGCUUUAUCCCACUGUUCCAAUGUCAGGGCGAGAAGCUAUCCGACAGACUAGUAUCGCCGGCCAUAUAAUACCCAAAGGUACUACUAUUGCCCUGUGUCCCCAAACCAUAAACCGGAGUCCUGGCUUUUGGGGGGAGACAGCCGAACAAUUUUUACCCGAGCGCUGGAUCGAUACCGAUCAAACCGGCAAGCAAACGCCCAACAAGCACGGCGGAGCCAGUACGAACUUUGCUCAAAUUACGUUCCUUCAUGGGCCCAGAGCGUGUAUUGGGAAAGAUUUUGCCAAAGCUGAAUUUCGUUGCGCCGUGGCUGGACUUUUUGGACAGUUUUCAGUGGAGCUGCGCGACCCAGCCGAGAAGAUCACGUUCGGAGGGACCCUAACCUCACAACCUAUUCAGGGGAUGCAUCUAAAGUUGACAAAACUUCACAGAUGGUAA